AUGUACGCUAUUAAGCUAUCAAUCAUCUUUGCCGCCACACUAGCCGCGUCUGCCAUCGCCACGCCGUUGUCCGGCGGAUCGAAGCUUGACAUUGUCAAGACAACCGUCAACGCCAAUGGCGAUAUCGUGGACUGGGUUGUGCGCGAGUCACAGGGCGACAUCGCGGAGCCGCCUCCCUUGCACCUUCUCAGCCGCUCCGCUGAACAUGAAGAGAUCCUGAAGAAGCUCAUCAUUGGAGAACAAGGCCCACCAGGCGCCGUGCCACGCGUGCGUGCCCGCAACGGCUCGACUCCCAUCGCGGCCGUACCCAAGCCGCACGUCGAUGAAGCCAACAAGUCCAUCAUCAACGCGAGAGAUGUCAUGGCUGGCUUUGCUGCUACGGUCGAGCAGCGCGUUACUAACCGUGGCGGUUCCGCCAAGUUCAACCUUUGGAACCAGAACCUCGCCACGGCCCUGGAUUCAUCGUCGACGCUCGUUGCCGUCAGCCGCACAUACUUUCCCGACAGCGGCCAAGUGCUUCAAAACAUUCAAGCCGGAAUCUUCGCAACCGCAAAGUAUCCGCAGAUGUUUGUCGCCUACACAACCAACACGUGGACCAAAAACGGCGACUACAUUGGCUCCGUCAACACUGACUUCAAGGGAUGGGUGCAGUACGACACGCUCGUGUACCCCAAGGUGAACUUUGACCCGUCAUCAUCGCUCGGUGGCACCCAGUACGAGCUCGAGAUUGGCUUCCACUGGCACCAGGAGAAUUGGUGGGUGCACGUCGCGGGCCGCUGGGUCGGUUACUACCCGGGCACGCUCUUCUCAAAGUACCCCGCGCAGUCGCCCCAGACGCUGACGUCAAGCGGCGAUGUCAUCAGCUACUACGGCUGGGUCUGGUCGUCAAGGACCGACCCCCGGUCCCAGAUGGGCAGCGGCGAGAAUCCCGACUGCGGCGACGUGGCCAAGGGUACCGUCGCGUACAUCAAGAACCUCAGCUUCUUCGACCUCAACGGAAACCCAGCAGACCUUGCGCCAACCAACGUCUACGCAACAAACCCCAACUUCUACAAUGUUUCGGUUUACAUGGAUCCCCCGGGCUACUGGGGUCGUCACAUGUGGCUAGGUGGAUCGGGAACGUUGCUGCGUAUUCCCUACCCGUGCCCAACAGGUUCGCCAGCCAAGUGAGCCACCAAUGGCUGGUGAAGCCAAGUCACAGGAUGAAUGGGCGACCUAAACCACUUUAGGUUAACAAACAAAGGCACAGCAGACUUGUAUAACAGCGGGAAUAUUCUACAAAUCAUAAAUUCACAGUCAAACGUGUAUAUAUUACUACUUGAUUUAUACCAACUAGCCCUUUGAAC